AUGUCAUCCUCUUCAUCAUUCGAUUCGACGACUGUAGAGGAGACUGAGUUUAUUAGUUCCGUCAUGACGAAAACGGUUGCAUACUAUCAAAACCGAUUAGGCGAAACAUCACGUGCACGAUCUAAACCAAGAAAGUCGCGGUUGUGUACCAAUCACGAAGCCAGACACGAUCGUCUUAUAGAAGAUUAUUUUGCAAAUGACGCCAUCUACGUUGUAAAGUUUCGACGUCGGUUCCGGAUGAGGAAGAAACUAUUCUUACGUAUUGUUGGCGAUUUGGAAGGCCACUUUGCAUAUUUCCAAUGGAAAAUGGAUGCAAGGCGGAUAAAAGGUUUCUCUCCCGUUCAAAAAUGCACGACUGCAAUUCGUCAGCUAGCAUACGACAUGAGCGCAGACAAAUGGGACGAGUCUUUUAGGAUGUCAGAGCGUACCGUGCGGGAGUGUGUGUACAAGUUUUGCAAAGCGAUCUGUUUGGUUUAUGGGCAACGAUAUUUGUGCAAACCAACUAUCAACGAUAUCUACCAAUUAUGCACGGUGCAUGAAGGCAAGCAUGGAUUCCCUGGAAUGCUAGGUAGUAUCGAUUGUAUGCAUUGGAGUUGGUCAUUAUGCCCCAACACAUGGCGUGGUCAGUACAUGAGAGGCGACCACAAAGAGCCGAUGAUCAUUCUAGAGGCUAUCGCAUCACAUGAUCUUUGGAUAUGGCAUGCAUUCUUUGGUUCAGCUGGUGCAAACAAUGACAUCAAUGUGCUAGACCAAUCGUCGGUAUUCAACGAUAUGUACCUUGGAAAGUCGCACGAUGUACCUUUUCAAGCAAAUGGGGUAGCAUAUAAGUGUGGAUACUAUCUUACUGACGUUAUAUAUCCUCCCUUGUCUGUUUUUGUGAAAUCGUUUACAUGUCCUAACGACCCGAAAAGGAAAAAGUUUAAAGAGGCGCAAGAUUCAGCUAGGAAGGAUGUAGAGCGAACAUUUGGUGUACUUAAGAAAUGUUGGCAAGUACUAACGGUCGGGGCAAGGUCAUAUGAAGUGAAAAGGUUACAACACGUAAUGUAUGCAUGUAUCAUAUUGCAUAAUAUGAUUCUUGAAUACGAAGGAAGAGCGAUAUGCCGAUACAACGAAAAUGAAGUUUUGCCAAAUGUCAAAGGAGUAGGCGUUGGUUCACAAGAGUAUAGGGUGAAUAGAAGAGAAGUACACAAUCACGACAUUCAUUACGCCCUUCGUGCUAAUUUGGUGGAGCACAUUUAUAGGGCUUAUAUUCAGCCCCCGUUAGAGUUUUCUCACGACGAUUUGUUUGACGAAUUAGACGAGGAUUCUGAUAUAUGUUCGUCGAGAGUGACGAUUCCGACGACGAGAGUGACGCUGAGGAGAAUGAUGAAGACGAUCGAGGCGAUGACGAGGACGAUGAUUCCGAGUGACGUAUUUUGGUUUAUAUAA